CACACACACACACACACACACACACACACAACAACAUGGCAGGGUUAGGUAAAGACAGCUAUACCAGACUCUACCGCACCUUCCUGGCCUCACGUGCCAAGGGGGGCGGGGCAACACUGGGACUGUCUAUAUUAUUUUUCGAGAACCCUGACGAGGUGGACCCGAACAGCAAGACAGCGAAGAGCCACCUGAGUGAGAGGACAGAGAUGACCGGUCUGCAGAGGCUGAAGCUCAUGUAUAGUUAUGAUGCCUAUGGGAACCUUAGCCCGGAGCUCUCCAUGGUGAUCCAGAGUGGGCUGACGGGUGUAUUUAUGGGCACGGUGAUUGGCGGCACGAUGCAUUCCCGGGAAAGUUACCUCAGCUUCAUUGAACGCAACCAGGGCACGACCUUCCAGAACAUCAGGGAGGCGCAGAAACAACUACAGAACAAGGUUACUGUUGGGUUUGGCCGUGGUGCCUGGAUGCUGGGGUGGCGGCUUGGCUUGUUCUGUGGUGCCUUCAUGCUGUUCACCAAUUCUAUAGCAGCAUAUCGAGGCAAAUCUUCCAUUAUAGAGUACAGUGCCGGGGGUUUCAUCACAGGUGCCAUGUAUAAAUUCAAGCUGGGACCGAGAGCCUCCUUAGCUGGGGGUCUCAUGGGCGGCCUCCUGGGCACUGUGGCUGGCAUCGUUAACACAGGAAUCCUUUACAUAACAGGCACCUCCACAGACCAGUUGAGGAGAUUUCACUACGAAUGGCAAGAAAGCAAACAGGAGGAGCGUCUCAGACAAAUGUACAAAGCCCGAGAUAAAGACUUGGAUGCACUCUCCCUGGAGCACGGCACCAAGCUGACAAACACCCAAGACCCUCUGGUGGGUGUAGACAACAUUGCGGCUGCCACCACCAAGCAAUGAACACUGUGAUAAUUUACCACCUAAGGGACCCCAGAGUGCUCGUGUACAGUCUAUGUUUCCGUUGAUUACCGAUAAAUAUAUUGUGGUGUAGUGUU